AUAUUUGUGAAUUAGGCAUGGGAAAAUGCCAUGGAACUAUUCAAACAUAGACAGCUUCAGUCCUUUGUGCCCUGCAGCUAAUACACGUUUUUCUUCUGGCUUUACAGAGUAAAAACCUACCCUGCAACGCCAUUUUUCAUCUUUGCCAGCUUUCUCUACAUGUAUAUAAACACCCAACUGAAGAUUGGCUGAUCAUCCUUCUCCAUUUGCUUCCCUUAAUCCCUUUAGCUUCCUAAACUUUUAGUUCUCUUCCUUUUGUUCAUUAUUAAUCUGCUGUGUAAAUCUAUACAUAUUCAACGAUGAGGUCCUUACUAGGUGUUAAAGCUACUCUGGCAACCUUGUUCAUGAUUUUGUUUUUAUCUGCAAUAGCGUCUGCGUCAUUGGCAUCUCUACAAAUAGGGUUCUAUCAAUCAAGUUGUCCAUCUGCAGAGGCAAUUGUGAAGAAAGCUGUCAACAAAGCUGUGUCUAAGAAUCCUGGCAUAGCUGCUGGACUGAUAAGAUUGCAUUUCCAUGAUUGUUUUGUCAGGGGAUGUGAUGCAUCAGUUCUACUUGACUCAACUCCAGGAAAACCAUCUGAGAAAGAAAACCCAGCAAACAAUCCAAGCCUAAGAGGUUUCGAAGUCAUUGACGAGGCAAAAGCAGAACUCGAAGCUCUAUGCCCAAAAACCGUUUCAUGUGCAGACAUCCUAGCAUUUGCAGCUCGUGACAGUGCCUUCGAAGUUGGUGGCAUAAAAUAUGCACUCGCAUCAGGACGACGUGAUGGUAAAGUCUCGCUCAAAGACGAGCCUUUCCAACACCUUCCAGCACCUUCCUUGAACGCCAAGCAACUGGAAGAAAAGUUUGCCCUCAAAGGCUUUACCUUGGAUGAAAUGGUUACACUCUCUGGUGCACAUUCAGUUGGUGUCUCUCAUUGUUCUUCUUUCACUGACCGCUUGUUCUCCAACUCUUCUAACCUUCCCAUGAACACGAAGUUUGCUAAGGACUUGAAGAAGAAGUGUCCUGCUUUGAUGGGCAAUGGCAAUGAUCCAACUGUGCCUCUUGAUGUUCUCACACCUAAUAGGCUUGACAAUAAGUACUACACCAACUUGAAGAAUCAUCGUGGGGUUUUGAUUUCGGAUCAGACCCUUUUCAGUAGCUCGUUGACUGCGCAUAUGGUGAGGAACAACGCUAGAAAUGGUGUAGCUUGGGCUAACAAGUUCGCUGCUGCUAUGCAGAAGAUGGGUUCCGUUGAAGUUUUGACAGGAAACCAGGGUGAGAUCAGGAAGAACUGCAGGGUUGUGAAUUAGAGCAUGAAGGAAUUGCGAGCUUGAAAAUGUAUUUGCUCUUUUUUUGUUUUUUUGGUUUUUUUUUUUCCUUUUCUGCUUUGUAAAUCGUUUUCACUAUUGCAUUGUAAUUCAAGUGUAAAUCUCUGUUUUCUUCUAAUUAUGUUCAUAACGAGUUCUUUUGUGUUUGA